AUUAGCAAUAUGAGCAUUAGCUGAUCACAGAGAGAACAAACACUGGUUAGAAACUACUUGUAUGUGCACUCAUACACGUAUUAACGUGCAUGUAUUUUCAAAGUGACAAUUAAAACAUCAUUUCUAAACUUAUGUGCGCUUGUCGCAUUCUCGGUUUGUGGUCAUAUUUUGUUUCACAGUGUAAUGUUUUGCGAAUUCGAGCGGAGCGUUAGCUAACGGUAGAAACAAGGCAUAACGAUAACAAUUACAGAAAAGCGACGGUGCACCUUUCGUCCGUGUGCGCCGGUAAUUUACAGUUGGGUGUGUAUGUGGGAAUUACUCUGAAAACAAACAAAACUAGACUAGCUGCAGUGCCAUCAACUGGAUCAUCUUUGGCCCACGGGAUGGCUGCUGCGGGAACUGCAGCCGGACCAAGUACCUCCAAGGAUUUCAUAGACAUCUACAGCGAUUUAAAUAAAAACGAGGAGGAUUUGGACAGAAUUGCUGAAGCAAAUGAACUAUUUGAUGCUGUUCUGACUGGCUCAGUUGAUCGGGACAAGAAAGUUACUACCAAUGUGGCCCCUCCUGAAGAGACACCAGCUAAAGAGGAGGCUAAAUUAACAGCAGAGAAAACCCAGAAAGGAGUAAAUUCACUCAGGAAACUGUCGUUAUAUAUUGGAAAUUUCCCCUGGUGGACAUCUGACAAGGACCUCACAUGCAUGGCUCAAACGUUGGGUGUGAAGGACAUCAAAGAAAUUAAAUUUGCUGAGAACAGAGUUAAUGGCCAGUCAAGAGGCUACGCAGAAGUGGUGGUGACCUCAGAAGAGUCAUUAAAAGUGUUGUUGGAAAAAAUACCCCAAUGUGAACUCAAUGGGGAAAGGAUUGACUGUCGCUUUGCCACUCGCCAGAACCUCACUGUGUUUGAGGACGUAGCAAAUAAACGUAUACCCCUACGUGUUAAUUCUAAAGAUUCCAAGGACUCUGAUUCUUCAGACAAGAUUCCCUCGUUAUUAUCGCAGGAGCCCAGCCCUCCCCCUAUACCUCCACUUUUUCCAUCACAUCCAUUUGCAAACAGGUUUCCCUCAUUACCCAGCCCUUUCCUUAGUCAGCCACCUCCUCCCUUUCCACAUAUGCCUCCAAACAUCCCUCCACCGCUGCCUCCAAAUUUAUUCCCUCCUCAUCCAGGUCAUGUUUCUAGCCAACCAUCUCCUAGUCUACAUAUAAACCCUGCAUUCUUCAGCCAGGCACAAGACGGGCACAGCAGCAAAGCUUACAGCCAACAAAAACACACACCUCAAAGUACAGAUGGAGAUUUUGAAGAACUAAUGAGCAGAAAUAGAGCUGUUGCCAGCAGUGCUAUCUCCAAGGCUGUAUCUGGAGCAACAACUGGAGACUUGCGGGUGGCCAUGGAGACCCUGUUAACUGCCAUUGCCAUCAUUAAGCAGUCCAGAGUCUAUAGAGAUGAACGCUGUCAAGCCCUGGUCACCUCACUCAAAGACUGCCUAGUCUCUAUCCAGGGGAACUAUGGCUACAGGAGUAGCAGUCGUUCUGGGGACAAAGAAAGAGACCGCGACAGGGGUCGCGACAGGGACCGAGACCGUGAUAGAGAACGGGACCGAGAAGAUUCCUUCGGCUGGGAAGGCGCGGGAAUGUCUCGAAGGCACAGAGAACGUUCCUGGAGUGGGGAGAGAGACAAGGAGCGCUCACGGGAACGGGAAAGGCACAGAGAUCACAGAGACCGAUACCGCUAAUUUUACUGCUCGAGUCAGUGUGAAGCAGAGCGAAGAUAGGACUUUUUGUCUCUGCAUCAAGUUGUGUAAAUCUGGACAAAUCUAAGGUGAGACUGAAGAUGUAUCUCCAAAAGUAUAAAGUGUACUUUUUUGUUCUCCAGUCGUCUGUACAUACUGGGACUUUUUUUUUCCCGUCUUAAGAAAAAAAUGUGGCUGUAGAUUUGUUGCUUGGGCAUAAGAGUCCAAUUCUUGCAUGCACAGUAACGCUUCUUAACAACUUAUGUAAUACGGUGUAAUGUUUUCAUCACUUUCUUUUGUAUUAAAUCUACAAAUUAAAGAACAUUUCCUGAAAAUAUAAUUCCACU